GCGGGGCCAGACCUCGGGGCGGGGCCUGGGAGCGCGGCGGCCCGCGGCCAGUCGCCAGAAGAGGAAGAACAUGGCGGGCACGGCUGGGUCCGGGAGCAGCCCGUUGUCAGCGGGGGGCGACGGAGACGAUUCACUAUAUCCGAUUGCGGUUUUAAUCGACGAGCUCCGCAAUGAGGACGUGCAGCUCCGACUCAACAGUAUUAAAAAGUUGUCAACAAUUGCUCUGGCGCUUGGAGUGGAAAGGACCCGAACUGAACUGCUGCCAUUCCUUACAGAUACAAUUUAUGAUGAAGAUGAGGUGUUGUUAGCUCUUGCUGAGCAGCUGGGAAAUUUCACUGGCCUGGUGGGAGGUCCUGAUUUUGCCCACUGUCUGCUGCCUCCUUUGGAAAGUCUGGCAACUGUGGAAGAGACCGUAGUUCGGGACAAGGCUGUGGAGUCCCUGCGGCAGAUCUCCCAGGAGCAUACUGCUCUUGCUCUGGAAGCUCAUUUUGUGCCUCUGGUGAAACGCCUGGCGAGUGGGGAUUGGUUUACCUCUCGCACAUCUGCAUGUGGUUUGUUUAGCGUUUGCUAUCCCAGGGCUUCAAAUGAUGUCAAGGCAGAAAUCAGACAGCACUUCCGUUCCUUGUGCUCAGAUGAUACACCAAUGGUACGACGUGCAGCUGCUUCCAAAUUGGGUGAAUUUGCAAAAGUUUUGGAAUUAGAUAGUGUGAAAACUGAAAUAGUUCCUUUGUUCACUACUCUAGCUUCAGAUGAACAGGACUCGGUGCGCCUCCUAGCUGUGGAAGCUUGUGUCAGUAUUGCCCAGUUGUUGUCUCAGGAUGAUGUUGAGGUCUUGGUAAUGCCAACCCUUCGACAAGCAGCUGAAGAUAAAUCUUGGCGCGUUCGCUAUAUGGUAGCGGACAAAUUUUCAGAGCUCCAGAAAGCGGUGGGUCCUAAAAUCACCCUAAAUGACCUCAUCCCUGCAUUCCAGAACCUACUUAAAGAUUGUGAAGCUGAAGUCCGAGCAGCUGCUGCUCACAAAGUAAAAGAACUUUGUGAGAACUUGCCUUCUGAAGAUAGAGAGACUAUAAUUAUGAAUCAGAUUUUGCCAUAUAUAAAGGAAUUAGUGUCUGAUACCAACCAACAUGUCAAAACAGCUUUAGCUUCUGUAAUUAUGGGAUUAUCUACCAUUUUGGGCAAGGAGAAUACUAUUGAACAUCUUCUUCCUCUUUUUUUAGCUCAGUUAAAGGAUGAGUGUCCUGAGGUUCGUUUGAAUAUCAUCUCCAAUUUGGAUUGUGUUAAUGAAGUCAUUGGAAUCCGUCAACUCUCUCAGUCUCUCCUUCCUGCCAUAGUGGAACUGGCUGAGGAUGCCAAGUGGCGGGUGCGGCUGGCUAUCAUUGAGUAUAUGCCACUGCUGGCGGGCCAGCUGGGUAUGGAAUUUUUUGAUGAAAAACUGAAUUCCUUAUGCAUGGCCUGGCUUGUAGACCACGUGUAUGCCAUCCGAGAAGCUGCCACCAACAACCUCAUGAAAUUAGUUCAGAAGUUUGGUACAGAGUGGGCUCAAAAUACCAUAGUUCCAAAAGUGCUGGUAAUGGCAAAUGAUCCUAAUUACUUGCAUAGAAUGACCACUUUGUUCUGCAUUAAUGCACUGUCUGAAGCCUGUGGUCGGGAAAUAACCACUAAGCAAAUGCUGCCCAUCGUAUUAAAAAUGGCAGGAGAUCAAGUAGCAAAUGUUCGUUUCAAUGUGGCCAAAUCGCUUCAAAAAAUUGGGCCACUUCUAGACACUGAUGCUUUGCAGGGGGAAGUUAAACUGGUAUUACAGAAGUUAGGUCAAGAUGAAGACAUGGAUGUCAAAUAUUUUGCACAGGAAGCUAUAAGUGUUCUUGCGUUGGCAUAAUGAGGAACAGGAGAGAGAAGCCUUCACUAAAUUCUUAACACAGAUUCUAGGGAAUAUUUUCUUAAAUGGGGUGCAGCAAAAAUGGGAAACCUUCAAGACUACAUCCAAGCAAAUGACAGCUGCUUAAAGUCAAAUUUCAAUGACGUGAUUUUUUUUUUUCUAAAGAUGAAAAAGGAUUGUUUUUUUCCCUCACCUUUGUGUUGGCAUAAUUAUUUAAGCUAUUCUUACUGCCCAGUUCCUGAUACUUGGUACAGUCAUCUCUUGAUUGUCUCUCUAGGUUUUCUAGCACCAUCUGGGCUCUUACAUUCUCACUAUUGGUCAGGUGCCAGCUGCUUAAUAUUCCAGAUAAAGCCUGGAUGGUUUGGAUCGAUAGAUGAAGUGGAAUGAUUCUUUUACUGUUUACAUAUAUCUGUGUGCCUCUCCAUUCUAAAAUUAAAGGUACAUGGUGUAUAAUAACUUACUUUCUAAAUUCUCUACUUGGGAGAUCAUUGAGAAAUGACUGUAGUGAAAGCCGUUUUCCUGGAGUAAGAUGAUCUGCAUCAGUAUCUCACGUGAACUGGGAGUUGGAAGCUCUGGGUUAGUGUAUGGGUUACUUUCCUUUUCUUCAGUUGUGACUAUAAUCAUGUCAUUGAGAAGCCAGAUGGCUGGAUGGAUGUUGCAGCUAGCAUGUGAUGUUGAAAUGUUAAAACUGGGCCAGACUUCCAAAAUUUAUUCUUUUCUCCUAAGGAACUUUCAUGCUUCCUAAUAAGUGGAAGUUUUACUGUGUCAUUAAUAACAUUGCAGUUUUGUCUUUUGACUCUUAGGAACUGCUGGUAAUAGUAUGUGGAUUUCCUAUUCUUUACCGGCUCUGCUUCAGCGGAAUUAGCAUUUGUCAUUGCUACCUUGUACAGUAGUUUUCCAAACUGAACUUUCAUUGCUAAUUUUUUGGUGUGAAUAAUACUGGAAUCUUACUUAAAAUACUUGGUUUUCUACUUUUACAGUAGAAUCUCAGUAAUUUCUUCUGAAAUUUAGGAUACUGGGUUAAGCCAAAGGCUUUGUGAAACAUUUGUAGUAGCUGUGGAACACUGAACUAAACAAUUCCAGUGCUGUCUUUUGAAAGCACCCAUUUUACCUAGUGACACGGUACUUACCAAUCACUCUUCAAUUGUAUCACAUGCUAGCCAUGAAGAUGUGUAUCUGAGGGGUUGUUGUAUUGUUUUAAUGAAUUCAGUAUGUUUUUUGUCUUGGAAAUAUAUACAUUUGUAUUUCAUAGGAAAUUUAAAUAUUGUUUCUUAAAAAUUUAUGCAUGUUUCAUGUUAUCACAUCAUCAACCUCACUGUGUGUUUUUAGUGACUUUUUUUUUGGUCUUUUUUGAGACAUGGUUAUGCUGUGUAAUUCAGGCUGUCCUUGAACUCACUUUGUAGCCCAGGCCGGCCUUGAACUUGCAGUGGUCCUCCUGCCUCAGCCUCCUAAGUGCUUGGAUUACAGGCAUCUUGGAUUCUAUGUAUUUAUUUAUUUUUUAAUUUCUUUCUUCCCUUUUUUUUUUUUUUGGCUACAGGUCUUGCUAUAUAGUUCAGGCUGGCCUUGAACUCACUGUGUAGCCCUGGGCUGAUCUCAAACAUGUGGCAGUCCUCCUGCCUCUGCCUCCUGAGUGUUGAUACAGAUGUAUGUGACCACACCUGUCUCCAAAGACUUUUAGUUAUUGUAGUUUAUUGAUAUUUUCUCUCAUUGCAUCUUGCUAUGUAUUUUGAUGUUUCCAUUUUGGCUUUUGAAUUGUGGAUUUCAUUCACAAGUUCUUUUAAAUCUAAUAAGCUCUGUUGUGUUUUGUGAAGACCCAAAGACUUCUGUAAAACUGUGUACAUUAAACAGUUGCAUAAAACCAAGUUGACUAAAUACUUUGAAGUUGUCUUACUUUAGAAAAACAGAAGAGGAAUUUUAAAUAUUCUGUAUUUUAAACUGUAAAAUUACCUUGUACUAAAUUUCUGUUUUAUUGGGACAAGGAAUAAGUAUUUUUGUAAGCAGAAAUCUUUCCUACAUUCUCAUUUUAAUACCCUAAACUAUUAUGCUGUAAAGUUUUAGUUUUAUGUCUUUUAGAAAAAUUCCUGGAGGUUAUGUUCUUCUUGAAUUUCAUGUUUGAGAGACUGUUGCCUUGGUCCUUGAAAGAGAUUUGCACUAGAACCAUUGCUUUGUUUGGUUAGAAAUGCUGUUGGUUUGGGGAGAGACAUGAAACUUUCUGUGUUCCCUACUGGGGAGCCCGUGUGUUUAGUUUAGUUCUGACUGUUAAAGCACUGCUUUUUCAGUCAUGGGCUGUAGAGCUCAGCACGAUCUCCUUUGUUACUGUUGAGAAGAGUUGUUCUUUGGGUUAUAACAACCAUUUUCCUACAUACUUGUUUCCCUUUUCUUUAAACAUGGGGUCACUGUGUUGCCAAGCUGCUCUCAGAUACCUGGACUCCAUUAAGUUUUCUUUUUAUAUCAGGGUAGAACUCAAGACUUUGCAUUUGCCAAGGCAUUCGUGCUGCUAAGCUAAAUCCUCUGCUCAGUUUUCUGUUUAGCUUUGCAAAUACUAUAUGGUGCACCAGCCUGCAUGACUACUUGCCUUUGUCUUUCCCUCAGUAUAGGGAUUGAACUCAGGGCCUUAACGCUGAGCUAUGCUCCCAAGAGUUUUUUUUUGUUUGGGAGACAACGUCUCAGUAAGUUGCCCAGGCUGGGUUUGAAUUUGCAUUCCUCCUGCCCCAGCCUCCCACAGUGCUGGGAUUACAGGUGUUCACCAUCACACAUAGCACAGUUUUAUCCUGACUUAAUUUCUCUAAAAUACAAAUUUUAGGAGUUCUGAGAGCAAGCAUUUUUGUUGAGUUAUUUCCUGUAUUUCCAGUGCCUUGUUCAGUGUAAUAUGCUCCAUAGAAAUGUUCAAUGAAUGUAUUUCUGAAGUCUGUCAUCUUAUGAAUGCCUGGAACAGUCAUCAAAGACACCGACUUACCUCCAUCUCACAUGGACACAAAUUAAAGAUUUUUCUUUUCUUAGGAAACAGACUACAUGUGGCCCUUUUCCAGUUCUUCAGCUCAGGGAAUAAUUGUUUUUGAAUUUGUCUGAUUGCCUCAAACAUAUAUUACUAUUGUUUUUCAUCUUAGGCAGCUUGUAUCCAUUAUUUGGUUUGUUAGGAAAGUGAAGCUAAGACACAAUAUAUGCUAAUAAAAAUGUCUUCGUCAGUAA